AUGGUGAAGUGCGACCCUCGCCACGGCAAGUACAUGGCGUGCUGUCUGCUGUACCGUGGUGACGUGGUCCCCAAGGACGUCAACGCAGCCAUCGCCACCAUCAAGACCAAGCGUACCAUCCAGUUCGUCGACUGGUGCCCCACUGGCUUCAAGGUCGGCAUCAACUACCAGCCACCCACCGUGGUACCUGGUGGAGACCUGGCCAAGGUGCAGCGUGCCGUGUGCAUGUUGAGCAACACCACCGCCAUCGCUGAGGCCUGGGCCCGUCUGGACCACAAGUUCGACCUGAUGUACGCCAAGCGCGCCUUCGUGCACUGGUACGUCGGAGAGGGCAUGGAGGAGGGUGAGUUUUCCUUACUAACCCGGACCCUCUGUUGUGCAGGUACGUCGGAGAAGGCAUGGAGGAGGGAGAGUUCUCCUUACUAACCCGGACCCUCUGUUGUUCAGGUACGUCGGAGAGGGUAU